AUGUUCCCUGGUGGUCGAGACAGCCCUCAUGUCAUUCAUGAGGCCGAUCGCCUACUAGAUCAAUUCAGCCGGGGUCCCUCUCGACCUCCCAAAAGGAGUCUGACCCCAGUGACUCAUGGGCACACGACAUUUCAUCUUGGAGAAGCCAAUGAUAAAUGGCAGACCCCACGGUCUGAGGCCCACAAUAUUGCUGCAAUACCUAUAAGGAGAUCCCCAUCAACACACACCUAUGCCAAUACGGCUCCACAAGACCGUGUCACCACUGCCUCUCGCAGCUUACCUAGGCAAUCACCCACUCGACCGUCCACUGGUGACCAGGCAAUUGCACAAAGCCUUAGGAAGAAUGCUACAGUCACAAAUGCUAGCAAGAAUAAGGCGAAGAAGAUCCAGCCCACAAAGGCUGCAACAGAGUACUGGAGCCAAGUAUCACCUUCAUCAUCGCCAUCCGAAUAUGAAUCGUCGUCUUCGGCUUCACAAUCAGGUCACCCAACACGCCGAUCUAGUCGCUCCACGACUAAACCUACGAAUUAUUAUGCACCAAUCAGGCUAGGUUCAGACGAAGAAAGUGUGCUAGGAUCUCGUGUCUCUAAAGAGAGGAGAGCACCGUACAACUCGGAUCCACCUACGAUCCCUCCAACUCGGCCCCGGCCUCAACAGACUCUACCUCCCAUUCUGCCUCGAAGAUCUAAUGUUCAAAAGCUCCUGUUUGGCCGUGAACUUGGCCAGUGGGAUUGUCAGCGUCGGAUCAAUGCAGAAGCCACAUCUGAUUUCAAGCCAUGGAAGUCUUGGAAAGGUGCAUCGAAUGAUGUGAAUGCCUUGGCCUGGUCUCCAGAUGGCACUCAAUUUGCAGCGGGUGCAACCGCCCAGACUGACGAAUACAAUCGUGGGAAUAAUCUGAUCCUCGGUGAUCUCCAAGCGAGUUCUUUGAAGGAGUUGCCAAAUCAUUGGAUACCUCGACCAGAGUCAUCCAAUGUUAAUGACCAACGUCUCUUUAUGACUGUGUCAGCCAUGCAGUGGUCUGGCCAGCGAUUGUAUACCGCCAGUUAUGACCAUACUGUCAAAAUCUGGGAUGUUGCAACACACAAAAAUGCCUCGUGUCUCCAAACCCUUCGACAUGAUUCCAAGGUUGUGGUCAUGGCCCCAUCAAGCGAUGAUCCCAAUAUUCUCGCAACGGGAACCCGUUCAUUUGGAAUUUGGGAUACCCGGGACUUGCAGAACCCUGGCUUUACGUCUCUGCCAAUUUAUCACGAUCCUCGCCAAAAAUCCGACAUAGAUUAUGAAGCGACCAUCCUCUCGUGGGGACACACUUCUGCGACCAAACACUUUUUGGUUGGGGGCAUGGAGGAACGAAACUCGGGUGCAUCUGGUGUGUCUUUCAAGGGGCACCUGGGGCUAUGGCAGGCCCGUGAGUCUUCAUUUGAGGCUGUUAAACUCACCCCAAACACCCAUAACGUCUUCGAUGUCAAGUGGCAUCCCUUGUUGCCUAUAUUUGCGGCUGCGGGUCCUGUGUCGCCACAUGAUAUUACUCAGAAGGGGCUUCCUAGGGGCACUAAAUCAAUCGUCCGUGUAUACGAUCCGGGUAAAUGUCGGCCUACCACAGAGCUUGUCUCUCAGGCCUUGGAUGUCAACGAGGUGACGUUUUGUCCCUUGAAUCCCAAUUACGUUACCGCCAGUUGUACCAACGGCGUGACCUAUGUCUGGGAUCAACGCAAUCAAAACGAGGUUCUCCACGCACUCCAACACGGGGAACCUCUCAACCCGAUCAAUGAGGGGGCUUCGCGAGAAGAAGAGGAUGUGGGGGUCAGGGUUGCUUUGUGGGGCUCCACUAUGGAUCAGCUCUACACGGGCUCCUCGGACGGCGCUCUCAACAGAUGGGAUAUCCGUCGGGCUCCCGAUGAUGUCUUGGUGGAGCAUACCGCCAGCUUUGAGGAUGGAAUCAUGUGCGGGGCCUUCUCCGAGGACCAGUCUCACCUCCUUGUUGGGGACUCUGGAGGAGGUAUUCAUGUGUUAGCUACUGGUCCUUCCUCGGACCCUGAUGCCUCCAACUUCGCCUUCGAACGUGCUCCUGAGCCAUCGCCUCUCCAGAAAACCACGGAAAGUGGGGUCUCGAUUGCGAACCAGUUCCUCGCUUCUCGCCAGCUUGUGAGGCACGAAAUCUACGGAGUGGGACAAGGGCCUUCUUAUGAAGGUCCUUUUGCAUCGUGGGCCCGUGAUGUUCCGCCAGACUCUUCACUAGAACACAUGAAACAGACUCCGCUACGGCAGGAAUUUCAAAUCCGCCAACUCCAUGGGCAGCCUGUGGAGAACCGUGGUCUCGAUGAUGAUUCUCAGAGGGACAUUAUGAAACACAUUCGCCUCGCCCAAAUUCGCAAUGUCCGGUUGAACCGAGGUGAUGGACCAUCACUUGACAAAAGGAAGCGUGAAAGCUCUGUUAUCGAGCUGAGCAGUGGUGACGAUGAAGCGUCCAAGAAAUCACGGAAGAAGAAACAGCUUCUACCUUCGGAGCCGUUGAUCACCGACACCGGCCAUGUUGAUCUGACCCAGGACAGCUCGUCUGAUCGAGACUCCACGAGGGGGUCUAUUUUCAUUAACCCGAAGAACGGGCGGCCAAAGACGUCCCACCGCAAAAGUCGAUCUGCCGUGCGCGAAAUGAGACGGCAGAAAGAACUCGAGAUGAUACAAGAAAAGCUCGAGGAGGACUACUGGUGGCCAGCCAGCGGUGACAUUGAUCCAAAUUUCCAAGACGAGACGGUGUGA